AAUUGAGCACAUCUCGUGCUAUACACUAUUGCUAGUUUGCACAUGCACACGCUCCUGGAAAGCAAUUGAACUCAUGCCUGGAUCGUAUUUGGCCACUGACCGGUAGUCUCAUUGAAAUCCGCAGGAUCUGCACUAACAACCUGUCUCAGAGCUUGUAUAUCAUAACGAGAUGCCCUUGCAGAAUUCUCAGAGGCAGUCGAUCCUAUUAUGCAGGGUGCAAUGUACCACGUCGCAAUUGAGCGUCCAGAAUCGGAGGGGCCAGUAUCGAGUAUCAAAGCAUGUCUACUCCCUUCCUCCACAUCCGCAAAUAUAGUUAUCCAUUUCUCUGCGACGGGAGAACCAUUUGCGAUCGACUAUUCCGUUUCGCCUGUACCUCAAGAUGAAAUAUACCAUGUGACGAACAUGGGGAGCUACCCGGCACAUAAUGCGAGUAUGGUACUCAAGUCAUCACGAAUGGCGCCUCUACCUGAGUUGCAGAUCCCACCUCCGCUUACGCCUGAAGGCGAGCCAGUAGCACCCAUCCCUGAGAAAAGUUUCGUGCAGAAGUAUUGGAUAUAUAUGGUUGUUGUUCUCGGGGCAUUGCUGAUGGGAAAGGAGGGAAGUAGAUCCACAUAACUUAUCAUGUUAACUUUCCGAAGAGGCUCUGCCACUGUAAGCCGGCGCAUGUCAAUGCGAGGAAUUAGUUCUUCCCUGAUCGUGAAUGCGGUUACG